AUGAAGAGCCAAAUGCCGGUGGACUUCCACGAGUACUGCCAGCUGAUCGAGAAGAAGGUUAAACGUAUCAGCCCAGACGAAGUAGAAACAGCUAAACUUUUUGAAAAAUUAAUAACCAAAUAUAAUAUAAAAAAAGUGAAAAGAGUCUGCCUUCCACUGAAGGAUGGAAAUAUUUAUUCUCCAUCCUCAGAUUCUUUCUUUAACGAUCAUUAUGUAGCCAAUAAACCACUCAUCAUAACCAACUUGGGCCACAAAAUUGGGAAAUGCACAGAAACGUACAGCAACAAAAAUGUCAUUGAACAUAUAGGGAACACCAAAGUAAGCAUACACAUAGGUACCUCCAAAUUUCUCAACAACAUAAACAAAAACUUCCGCUACAAGUUAUCGUCCUUAACGAAUUUUAUACAACUGAUUGGAGAGGAAGAUAAAAAGAAGAGCAGAUUUUCCCUUCGGUAUGAUGAAGGUGGAAAGGAAAUGUACCUACUGCUGUGCAAAGCAGGGGACAGGCAGCACAACUUGCCUCCACACCAACUUACCGUGGAAACUACAAACCAGGGAAGGGACAACCAAACGGAUGAAAAUCAGCAGAAACGAGUAAAUGGUGAAAAAUGUUAUUACUAUUACAGAUCACUGGGGACUAACCAAUUUAAGGACGUCUCGAAUAUCAAAAAAAUGAAUCACUUCAUCAGAGACAGUUUUUUCCUACCUGCACAGAUUUACCCCCCUCAUGACGAAUUUGAAAUAGGCCAAACGAAUAUCUUCAUUUGGUUGCAUUAUGACAUCCCAGAUAAUUUCCUAAUUCAAGUAAAAGGAAGAAAAAAAAUUUUAUUAAUCCCACCAAAGUUUAUAAAAUAUUUUCAAAUCGUAAAUUCUUCUUCACCUUACAAUCUGUUCCAUAUUUUGAUGGGGAGAAAAAAACUAAGUAAACGGGAAAAGGUUGUGAAAAAAGUACUUUGCAAAUUUGCCCUCGUGGCGGAUCUAUACCAAGGUGACAUUUUAUUCAUCCCCUCUCUGUGGAUGCACUACGUUUAUAACAUGCCGGCACAUACCUACGUGAAGAGAAAGUACAAAUCGUAUCACCAGCAUUUGCGUGUCGAGACAGAGGAGGAGUCUGUCCAAUUUGAUGCGCAAAAUAAAUGGGAGGGAAAAUACCACUCACUUGGCCGCAAAUUUCUGAACCGCUUUACCCCUCUAAAGAGAGUAAAAUAUGCACCUGUCAUGGGGAGAUACCCCCGUGACAAACGGAACAAACCCGAAAUUAAGUUACUUCCGCAAUGGGGCAACAUCCCCUUGAGAGACAACACUAACGAAGAGUCUUCAAACAUAUCGAGUGAAAUAACGCAAGACGAACUGAUACAACACUACAGCCAUUUAGAAAAUUAUCAACAUUUUUUGGAACAUCACUUUGGCAUUCGUAUUAGCGACAUAGAGGAGAGGAGCGCCCGACAUGAGCAUCAUGCAAAUUGUAACGAGGACAUAAAACGAGGACAAGCGUCUAAUCGGCACACUUGCUCCUCUGCUAAGCUGAAUAUCAGCGUGAAUUACUUCUUCAGAAAGAGAAAGGAGCGACUCCUGUUCAGCAAAAAGGACCUAUACGGGAACCAAGACAUCAUUUUGGCUAGCCAGCUGUUUAAGAAAAUUCAACAGGAUAUCGAACCCCUGCUGGCAGCACCUCCCAAGUAUAAAAAUUUCUACCUGCAAAAGUUACAAGGCGUUUUGUACUCCCACCUGGAUGAUCAGUACGUGUAA